AUGACACGAUACGUCGAAAAGAAGAUUCUUAGUAUUGAACAAAGCGAAGGUGUUGGUGCACGAGUACGACGUUCUAUUGGAACUUCACAAGUGCGAAAUUUCGAUCCAUUUCUGAUGCUUGACGAGUUUCGUCUUUCUGCACCCGCUGGCUUUCCUGAUCAUCCACAUCGAGGAUUCGAAACUGUCACCUAUAUGAUGAAAGGAAGUACAGAACAUGAAGAUUUCACAGGACGACGAGGUGUUAUCAAUCCAGGUGAUCUUCAAUGGAUGACUGCUGGCCGUGGUAUUGUUCAUUGUGAAAUGCCAGGCGCCAACUGUGGCGAAUGCCAUGGUCUUCAACUUUGGGUGAAUCUUAGUAAAAAAUAUAAAAUGGUUGAACCUAACUAUCAAGAACUGUUAGAUAAAGACAUUCCUCGUACAGCAACAUCGGAUGGCACAGUACAAGUAAAGAUUAUUGCCGGUGAAUCUAUGUCAGUCAAAUCUCCUGUGUAUACUCGUACACCAACAAUGUAUCUUGACUUUACACUUAAACCAAAUUCAUCUUCGUUUACUCAAGCCAUUCCAAGUGGAUGGAAUGCAUUUGUGUAUAUCCUUACCGGCGAAGCUGAAUUCGGCUCGAAAAAGACGCAUGCUGAUGCUCAUCAUGUACUUAUUCUCUCAGCAAAUGGCGAUGGACUUGACUUUCGAAAUACCAGCAGCACUGCUGAUUGUCGAUUUGUUCUCAUCGCUGGACAACCGAUAAAUGAACCUGUCGUUCAACGCGGUCCAUUCGUAAUGAAUACCCCGGAAGAAAUUCGCCAAGCUAUGGAGGAUUAUCAACUAUGCCAGAACGGUUUUGAACAUGCACGCCAUUGGCAAAGUGAAGGAAUCGAACGAAAACAAAACAUUACAAAUUCCGAUGAUACAUAUCGUAAACGUCUUCGCUCAUGGAAACAACCACGAAUACAACUCAAACGUAAACAGAUACCUACUGGAUCUCCAGAUAAUGAAGAUUCAAGUGCAACCCUCCACAAAUCAACAAUCUAUACCUAUCCAAUGAAACUGAAUCAUAAUCGUUACUCGGUUCUACCAGAUACGAAUGCAAGACAGCACGAAAGUUGCGUCACUGAAAGUGUUUUUUAUUGUUCGUCAAUAUCGAAUACAUCAAUGCAAUCAGUAACCGAUUUGAAUAAUAAUCAGGUGACAACAUUGAAUGUCGACAAAAGAAAAAGAAACGGGCAAACACCCUCCUGGGAUAGUCGCUUGUGUCAUUCGUCACCAACGAAAACAUCUGAUUUGUUAGCUAUUCCAAACGAUGAAAGAAGUUCUAGUACACUACAACUCAUACAUGAUUCAAAUCUUACGAAACAAGCACGACCCUCUACUAAUAAUUCAAUCAUCACACAGGAUCCUUUAUCUAUGGACAGUGAUACUAUUGAUAUCAAUCAACUAGAUUCACCUGAGAUCACAUCGUCUCCAACAAUGGAAGUAGCUGUGAAAAUGGUUCAGCCUAUUGUUGACAUCAUUUUCAGCGCUUUUGAAGAUCAAUUAAAAACUGUACCAACGAAUUGUCUGUUAUCACCGUCACAAACUCAAUAUUCCCCUCCUUUCAUAUCAUCGGCUCAUCCAGUGGUUUUACAUGCGGUCAAUUUCAACAUUCAACUAACAACAAAACAAAACUUAUCAAAACGUAAUCCAUCGAAGAUUCUAUCUAAUGAAAAUGAUCGUAUUUCAGGUUCGGAGAGUACUCUAGCACAAGCGAACGAUCAUUCUCAGAGAAGAAAACGUAAAUUGAAACGACUUGCGCAGCUAGCUGUCUUCGGUGUUAGUGUAUUCUGUACUUAUUUACUCAUGUGA